AUGUCGGACCACGAGUUUGGAGGCAAUGACGAUCUCUCCUUGCCAAAAGCUACCGUCCAAAAAAUUGUCACAGAAAUCCUACCGCCCUCUGAAGGCAUCGCGUUUGCAAGGGAGAGUCGCGACCUACUCAUAGAAUGUUGCGUCGAGUUCAUCACCCUAAUCUCAUCAGAGGCCAACGAGAUUUCCGAGAAGGAGGCCAAAAAAACGAUAGCCUGCGACCACAUUACCAAGGCUCUCGAGCAACUCGGCUUCUCUGACUAUGUACCGGCCGUCCAAGAGGCGGCCGCAGAGCACAAAGAAGUUCAGAAGGGCCGAGAGAAAAAAUCAGACAAGUUUGCUAACAGUGGCAUGUCAAUGGAGGAGCUGGCUCGACUCCAGGAAGAGCAGUUUGCUCAGGCGAGAGAGCGCCACGGCUGA